AUGGGCAAACUUAUUGCCUGCGUUUGUUUCUUCAUAGUUUUAGAAUAUGUGAAUAGUUAUGAAUGUUCCAAUGAAACAGUAGAUGCUGUAUCGCAACAGUUGGCCGAGUUCAGAAGCAGGCACCCGAGACCAAUUGGUGUGUGGACCAAGCAUAAUGGUGACCCAAUAGACAUCAGAGAUACCAUUACCCUGAACUCGGAUGUCUUCAACAACAAACAUCAUUUUCUUCUAACUUCUCACGUCGACAGAGAAAGAAUUCCAGAACGAGUGGUACACGCAAAAGGAGUCGGUGCAUACGGAUAUUUUGAAGUUACUCACGAUGUAUCUAAUUAUAUCAAAGCCGAUGUAUUCAAUGAUGGGUAUAGAAAGAUGAAUAAUUUCCCUAUCCAUGCAUAUGAGGUUUACAACAAUAAGGGAGAUAGGUAUUAUGUAAAAUUCAACUUUAGAACUGAAAUAGGGUUGUUCAAUUUAACCAAUGCCCAAGCGCAAGCAAUAGGAACUGAAGAUCCAGAUUAUUACAAUAGAGAUCUGUAUAAUGCAAUUGCAGCGGGUGACUAUCCAUCUUGGAGAUUAGAAAUGGACAUUUUGACGAAAGAUGACUUAACGAAGAUUAAUUAUGAUCCAUUUGAUCUAACACGACAAUGGAAGAGGGGAACAUACAGAACCGUAACAGUCGGUCGAUUAGUUUUCAAUCGUCGUGUUGACAAUGUAUUCAAAGAUGUUGAGCAGGCUGCUUUUAAUCCAGAUAACUUAGUCCCCGGAAUUGUAGGUCCACCUGAUUCUCUCUUCAAAGCUCGAAGAGUUUUCUACCCUGACACUCAACAUUAUCGUUUGGGUGCAAACCAUGCAAAUACAAGAGUCAAUGCUCCUAUUUAUGACAGGAAUUAUAAUCGCGAUGGAAAACCACCUGUUUUGGAUAAUAUGAAGGAUGCACCGAAUUAUUAUCCUAAUUCUUUUAAUGGACCUAUGCCUUACGUUGAUGAGGCUCGACCAACAGAAAGGUUAUUUGUUUUGCAAAAUACUGCAGUAGACUUGCAACCCAUGUCUGAGUUUUACAAUGAAAUUGUAGAAAGUGACGCUCAUCGACAAAGGAUAGCCAAUAAUUUUGCUGCUUCGUUCGAAGGGGUACCGAGUGAUAUCGAGAAGAAGGGGCUUAAGUUACUAACAUUAGUGGAUCCUGAUUUAGGCAGACGAGUUAAGAUAGCGUUGAAUAUAGCCAAGGCUAAAGCGAUGAAACCAAUCGGAGUGUGGACUACAACAACUGGGGAUCCAAUAGACAUUAGAGAUACUGUAACUCUAAACACAGACUUAUUUAACAAUAAACAAUUAUUUCGAGCAAAUGCUCAUCUCAAUAGAGAAAGAAUUCCAGAACGACUUGUUCAUGCUAAAGGCAUUGGAGCUUAUGGAUACUUCGAGGUUACAAACGAUGUUUCAGAAUACACUACUGCGGAUGUAUUCAAUGGAAUUGGGAAGAAAACACCCCUUGUCGGAAGAUUGUCUACAUCUAUACAAAAUAUUGGUGGAAGCGAUUUGUCCAGAGAAACGAAAGGGAUAUCUAUAAAGUUUUACACAGAACAGGGAAACUUAGAUUUAUUGUGCUUGAAUAUUCCUAUAUUCCUUUACAGAGAUCCAAUGGACAUCCUACAUUUUGCACAUUCAUUUAAAAGGAAUCCGCGUACUGAUGCUUUUGACAAUAAUGCCAGGUGGGACUUUAUGAUAUCAAAACCAGAAUUUGUUCACACAUUUCUCUGGUUGAAUUCGGACUUUGGUUUGCCUGAUGGAUACAGAAAGAUGGAUCUCUUCGCAAUCCAUCCUUAUGAAUUGUACAAUAAACAUGGUGAACGAUUUUAUGUCAAAUUCAACUUUAGAACGAAUGUAGGUCUAUUUAACCUGACAGAUGCGCAAGCGGCAGCCAUAAGCAUUGAGGACCCGGACUACUAUAACACUGACUUGUACAAUGCUAUUGCUGAAAAGAAUUACCCUUCGUGGAGAUUAGAGAUGGAUAUUCUGACGAAAGACCAGUUGACUCAUUUAGAUUAUGAUCCAUUUGACCUAACAAGGCUUUGGAAGAGAGGCACAUAUCAUACUGUGACAGUAGGGAAACUGGUUUUUAAUCGAUUAGUUGACAAUCAUUUCAAGGACGCUGAACUAGCUGCUUACAGUCCAGACAAUCUAGUGCCAGGUAUUUUGGGACCUGCUGUUAGUUUUAGAGCUAGAAAGAUAUCGUAUCCAGAUACGCAAAAUUAUCGAUUGGGAGGAAAUCAUGAUAACAUAAGAGUGAACGCUCCUAUUUAUGAUAAGACAUAUAAUAGGGAUGGGAUACCGCCUGUGUUGGACAACAUGAAGGAUGUUCCAAACUAUUACGCAAACACCUUCAACGGUCCCAUUCCUUAUGUUGAUGAAAAUCGACCAACAGACAGAUUAUUCAUUUUGCAUAGAAACGCUGUUGAUUUACAACCAAUGGCUGAAUUUUACAAUGAAAUAGUGGAUACUGAUGCACACAGACGAAGAAUUGCGGGUCAUUUUGCUCAAAUGUUGGUAGACGUGGCCCUGAUAUAGAGAAGCUCUUUACAUAUUGACUUUGAUAGAUACUGAUUUAGGAGGACGUGUUAAGGCAGAGUUAAAAACGUUGAGAGCUGUGGUGCCACAAGAGAGAAGGAAUCGUA